AUGAUGCUGUCGUUUGGAGUAAAAUGUGAGAAAAAUGAAAGUGCAGCGCGAUGUCACGAUGCUGGUUUCAAUAGUGACACGUUGCAGUGUUCGUCUUGUUCUGAAUUGCCGCAUUUCCAUUUGGAUCGCCUAGUUGACGGUUGUAAUGAGUGUUGUACGCCAGAUGAAGAUGAAGUUCAGCAUGAGAAAUAUCCUGUAGCACAUAUUGAGAUAUGUGAGUGCAAUUUGGCGCGUUUUCCACAAGUUCAAGCGUUUGUAAAGUCGGAUAUGGUGAGGCAGUGGGGUAAUCACGUGAAAGUGCGUCACGUACGCGGAACAUUACCCACAAUAAAGCUGAAGGAUCGCUUCGGUGAAACACAUCAAACGUUGAAUAUCGAAAAAUGGAACACAGAUACCAUCAAGGAUUUCUUGAACAACUGGCUUGAUUACUAA